AUGAAGCUGGGAACGUUGGGCUGGAGCCAGAUUGCAGCAGGCUUUGAAGGCCAGGCAAAAGAGUCUGGACUUUAUUCACUAGGCAGCAGGGCAGUAGAGUACCGUUCUGAUGAGACCUUGUUUGUGCUGAUUGGUGACUCUGGGGUGGGGAAGAGCAACCUCCUUUCACGAUUCACUCGAAACGAAUUCAAUUUGGAGAGUAAGAGUACCAUCGGUGUGGAGUUUGCUACCAGAAGCAUCCAGGUGGAUGGGAAGACUAUAAAAGCCCAGAUCUGGGACACAGCUGGGCAGGAGCGGUACCGGGCAAUCACGUCAGCGUACUACCGAGGGGCUGUGGGAGCCCUGUUGGUCUAUGACAUUGCCAAACACCUGACAUAUGAGAAUGUGGAACGUUGGCUGAAAGAACUCCGUGACCAUGCUGACAACAACAUUGUGAUCAUGCUGGUGGGGAACAAGAGUGACCUGCGCCACCUCCGUGCUGUGCCCACUGAUGAGGCCCGGGCAUUUGCAGAGAAAAACAAUUUGUCUUUUAUUGAGACGUCAGCCUUGGAUUCAACCAAUGUGGAAGAAGCCUUUAAGAACAUUCUCACAGAGAUUUACCGCAUUGUGUCACAGAAGCAGAUUGCUGACCGCUCUGCGCAUGAUGAAUCUCCCGGCAACAAUGUGGUUGAUAUCAGUGUCCCCCCUACCACCGAUGGACAGAAAUCCAACAAACUCCAGUGCUGCCAGAACCUGUGACCCCUUGCGCCCAGAGGCGCCUUCCCUGCCUGCCCUUACCCAGCUGUGCUUCAGUUAGAAACGUGUGUGCACGUCUUUGCAGUUAUCUCCUGUGAUUCAGUGACUUUGUCAUCCUCGUUUCUUCCCCCAUCCCCACCGUCCAUUUUUGAGCAUUAACUGUAGGCCUAACCCCCCCACCCCUUCCUCUCAGGCUCCCAGGGGAGUGGGCUGACCUUGGGCCUGGUCAUGCAGGCUCUGCCCUCAAGAGGGUGAGCCCUGGCUGCUCCCCUGGGCAGUGCCAUUCGGUUAUCUAGUGAUUGGUGGGAGGAGAAGGAGGAAACAAGACCUUGUUUAUCACGGCUGAAGGAAGACAUAACUACACUGAUUUGCUUUUGCAUUUAGCCCAACUUUUUCAUAGACCCUUAGAUCUCUGGGGAAGAUGGGGAGCAGGGAAGGGAGGAGGCAUAUUGAAAUUAAAGAGGGAAAAAAAUCUUUUCCUCAGAUGUGCUGUUGUGUCCAAUUGGGAUCCUUCGAUGAGCAUUGGGGUUCUCAUCUGGUGACUGAAGGCCCAUGGCAAGGCUGCUGGUGAUCUGAUCCCUAGAGUUUUCUCCCCUCACUGGUGGCUGGCCUUUGGGCCUGGUCUAGAGAAAGUUAUUCCUGGGUACCUUUGGCCCCAGGGAGGAGACCCAGGAGCCCAGGGGCAGGCUGAGAUGAUGGAAUGGUUUGUCAGGCACCAGAGAGAUUCCUCUUCCUCAGCCAGAGCAUCCAGCAAGUGCCAGCUCUCCCUUUGUGGCCUCUCCCUCCUGUCCCUGAACCCUGAGCAGCUUCAGCCUGUGCAGACCCUUGUUAAUCUCCUUUCUGCCCACCACUCCCUCUCCAACUCGCCAUCUUGCCUGAAACCCAUUUGCAAGGGAAGCAAUAUUCUCAUGUUUUGUAUAUAACUGCACUUAGAAUUUUUGGGUUUUGUUAUUGUAGAAAAACAUAGAUUCUUUAUACAUUUUGUAAGAUUUAUGCCAAAUCAUAGCAUCUCCAACCUUUUCCUCACCCUUUUAUUCUUUAACAAUUGACUCUCAUGGGCUAUAAUUUUUCUUGACCUUUACUAAAAUGUAUGAUUCUAUUUCCUGUAUGCAACUGUGCUCCUUCGCCCUUGUCUCAUUUCCUCAGUGACAGGAUGCUAUUUGCAACAGCUAAGCCUUUUCCUGAUGCCCACUAGCCUCAGCAGCGAUCUUGACCACUAUGUAUCCCUGUCUGAUACAACAAGAGAAACUUGAUCACGCUCCUACUUUCUAGAGUGUCAGGCCAAAGUUAGUAAUGGUCCAGCCAGGCAAUGAGCUUGCCCCAGCCAUGUGAGCUUGUUUACAUGGUACACUGAGAUCAGCCAAAGGAAGAGGGAGGACUGCUUAGCUGUGCCUCUGAGCACACUGGCUGUAGGCAGACUAGUGCCACAUGCUCUCGAUGGGGUGGGAUGCCCUAGCCCACCCCCUUUGCAUGUCAGGACCUUGGUUGGCUAGUUCUAGUGGUGCAACUUGUACCUCCUAAAUGGGUGACGGGAUAAAUGGAGCUCACAUUCCAGGCAUUGUUUGAAAGCUAGCUUUUGGACUAAGGGGGAUUUCCCCUCAAAUUGUGCGUGUAAAAGACAUUGUCCCAAGGUUAAUUGAUAACCUGUUGGAGUUGCUCUGGGAUCCUUGCCAAGUAAGGACUAGUUGUUCUGGAGCAUUUAGCCUUCAAGGUACAUGUCCUGUGGAUUCAGGAAGGUGUCUGGGGCCCUGGCCUUGUUCCUCUCCUAUGUGGGAUGAUUUCAUUGAUGGGUCUCCCAGGCUGAUGUGGGCCCUGGGUGUCAGCCAGCUGCCAGCUUCAGAGCACAAGCUGCUGCCUGACUGGAGAGGAAGUCUCUUCACAUGGAGUAAGAGGUAUCAAGGUUCCAAGAUUGCCAGCAGGGUUGCACCUCUUUGGAAGUGGCUGGAAUAGAAUGGAUGAGGGUCCAUCCAUGUUUUGGAGUCUGCGCUACACUGAAUCUAAGCUUUCACUGGCCUUAAAGGCAAGACAGAGCCUUAAUCUCUGCCCUGUUGGCUUAAAAAUAGGCACUCUAUCUGUCUUGGUGUAGUUUCUUUUCUUUCUUUUUUUUUUUUUUUUGUUGCAGGGCAAUGAGGGUUAAGUGACUUGCCCAGGGUCACACAGCUAGUAAGUGUCAAGUGUCUGAGGCUGGAUUUGAUUGGUAUAAUUUCAUUAUCCAUGAGUUACUUUUAAUGUACUGGUCUUGAAAAUAUAUAGGGAGUUUACUCUUCAUCCAGGAAAGCAAGUGAUCUCUGGGCAGGGGAGGUGUGGGAAGAGCCAGCCAGGAGUCAUUCAUCUUGUUGGUUUCACAACUGCCCUCCUUUGAGGAGGAGUCGGGCUCUGAAAUGUGUUUCUUUCCUUUGAAGUACCCUGCUCCAUGCCUGCAUGAAAGUUCAGGUUGCGACAAUAUACUUAGUACUCCAAAGCCUUGUUCAAAGUCCCUUGAGUCACUUCUCAGCUCAAUAGCAGGAAAUGGGUCCAGCCCUCAAUUUAAUUGGGCCUUUCCCUUCUGGCCCAAGGUUUGAGCUGAGACUGGCGCUUGUUAGCAUGGGUUGGUGGAAAUUUUAACUUGGUGACAUUCCAGGGUCCCCAGGGCUCCAGGAGUCACCUGCUGCUGCUGGCCCUGGGUUGGAAGGACUGUUGAAACUGGGACUAUUCAACUCAGUCCUUCAGCCUACCUUUCUGAGAUCUUUAGGAAGAUGGAGAAAUGGGCUUGAGGUGGCGGCAGGGGUGGAGUUCUGGGAGGAAUACAGGCCUCCCAAGAUACCACCAAGUUCCUGACAGGUUAUGACAGCCUAAGACCUCCCCUUCUCUUUCAGACCAAGGCCAGUGUCUCAGAAAGGGAAGAUAGACCCUGGAUAACCCUUCUUGGUUAUGACUUCCUUUGACUAGAUUAUUCAAGUUUCACCAGCUUAGAGGCCUUCAUACAACAGCUACUCUCCAGGGCCAUGUGAAAUGACUCUUAGCUACCCUGUCCUGGGCAGCUGCUGCUCUCUGGCUUCUUGCUUAGGGCUGAAGAUUAAGGCCCUUUAUUUUUUUUGGCCUCUUCUUUCAUUAUCCCUUAUGAUGAUCCAAGUUAGGAGUAGGGUCCCAGUUAGCCUCAGCCAUGAGCCAAGUAGGCCUGGGUCCACCUGGUACCGUCUGCUUUAGGGUUGGGGUUGGUCUUUCCCCGCCUCUUCCUUGGCAUUAUUGGCUCCUACUUCCACUUUGGUAGCAUGCAGCAGUGUGCUACCUGCUGACUUUCUUUGGCAGCUAACUUGCAUCUAGGUGUUUAUGAAAGUUAUUGCCUGGGAGAAGAGACUUCCAACCUGUGUGGCAUAAGGCAGAAAACGUGAGUCAUGUGGCUUGAGACAUGCCCCUGAGUUCUGAGGGAUUCAGUAUCUUAGCUCUUUGGCUGUCCUGGAAGAUGCUUUUCUUUGGAAUGACAGACUGGCAAGUCAUCCAGGGCCCUGAGCCAGUGAACAGCAACUAAGAGGAAGUGUGCCUGGUGGGGGGGGGGGGCUGCCUCUGGUCCCCUCACCCACCCCCUCAAUACCCACCCACUGGCACUACAGGUAGGGUGACUAAGCGAGCUGUAGGGAGUCUUCCUGACGUAGUCCACAUUUCUGGGUGUGGUUAGUUAGGUUGGUCAAUAGUGGACACUGCUGAGUAACUGCUAUGCCACAAAUGGGCUUAGUCUGCAUGGGAAAGCCAGGGCUAGGGCAGACUUCUGUUCAUUCAUAUAUCUGUUUCUUCUUCUGCUCCACAGCACUUGUAUUCAGAUCAGUGCAACCUUCUCUGUAAAUAGCGCCCCGCAUCCCUGGAUUUGUGCAUGGUUAUUCUGUGUUGUGGAUAUAAAGAUUGCCGUACCAAAG